UGUACAGAAGCAUCCACUUACGCCAUCGAGAUUUCCUCUUAGCCUAGGCAAGCGGUCGGCGACACUAAAUCAGAGCUAGACAAAAUGCCUAUUGGAGUGUGGUCCGUCUUCCAGGGGUAUGUUACUCCCGCUCGGCUCCCGUCGAUUCAAACGCUGACCCGGGUUGGCGCUUGGGGCGGCGUUGUCGUUGUGGGGGGCCUGUACAUGGUGCAGCCCUGGGACUGGCUAGCUGUCCAGGCUGGCCUCAAGAAGGAGGAGAAGUAAAGGAAGCCCCGCCCAUCGUCGACGGGACUGGAGCGCUUGCAGCGGCGGAUUGAGGAGCGGAAGGCGCAAGCAGGGACUUGCAAGCGGGCAGCGAGAGCUGGAGAGCGGAUGGCUUAACAGAGCGGCUUGGUGGCAUGGAUUGCCAGCGGGAGCGCUGUGCUGGGAGGCACGAGAGUGGAGGGGUGUUCGGGAGCAGGCACGCGUGUGUAUCAGCAGCAGGGAACUAGACCGAGAAGACCAACGAUCCGACAGCUAUGUGACCGGUAGAUUCGAAGCCCUAUCAUGGGCAGUGUAACGUCUUGAUACUGC